AUGUCGGCAUUCAGUUGGAUAUUUUCAAGCACACAGACGAGCAGGAACCCAUACAACAAGCACGAAAUGUGGUUAGUUGCGAAAAACAGUUCCCUUCUGGCCCCUGAUCUGACGCUGAUCAUUUUACAUAUUGCCUUAAGAAAUUUAAGGGUGUUGGGGUCCAUCGGGCCGAGAACCUCGAUACAUAAUGGCAAGAAUUCUAUCGAGGGGAGGGCAUUCCCAUAUUUUUUCAUUUUCUCGUCCGCUACCCUGGCCGCGGCCAAACCGCAUUCUUUACUUGUCAGGUUUACAUAUCGUUUGGCAAGGGUGCCAGGAACUGUAACAUCCCACGCCAAACAUCUACCGGCUCUCCAAGGUAUUAGUGUGCAUCCGUCCGGGCGCCUACCAUCAUGCGCAGAAAUGCCGGAUGGUUCCUUGAGAACUGGGAUUGAAGCCUUGGAGAAGAGCCAACAACUGGCUCUGUCAAAUUCGCCCAAUUUAGAAGGUUCAAUGAGUUUGGAUGUACGCAGGAAGUACAUCAAUUUGGGCAAACUGAGGGCAUUGCGGAUAAUAGUCAAGGCAUCAUGA